GCUUCUCCUCCAACUCCCACUAGAAAACAAACUAACUAAAGCACCCAUUGACGGCUUACAGCUAAUACGUGGAGAUCCGUGUACAAUUAUGUUACUAAUACUAUUGAGUGUCCUGUAGCUCUCUAAAAUGUAUGAUAUACCCGUAAAUGCUCCAUUGUUCGUACCGGAUGUGUUAUAUAUCGCUUCAUCCUCGGCGUUUCGAGCAGUCUGGCUCCAGUGACCACCCCUACUGAGCCGCGGGUCAGAAAGUUGCCGCACUGCAUGAAGCGGUCAGGCCGGGCAGUCCCGUCCGAAGCUUGUCCGUCUCACAAGGCAUGGUAGGAACUGCCAGUACAGUGUGCAGUGCAUGGGCCAGGCGCCUGCCCGCAGGGAGGAAGUCCACAUCUCGUGCGAUCGUCGCUCUGCCUCAGCUUGAUGACCCUGACUCUGUUUCUCGUCGCAGACUCUCGCGAGGGGCUGCUUACCCUCACCAUGGCAUAAAUAUUAUGUAGAGUGUGGUGUGCCAGAGUAUGUAGAGUGUGGUGGCACUGGCAGUGGUGUGCCAGAGUAUGUAGAGUAUGGGCCAGGUAGACACCCACAUCCUCCCCUCGUUUCCCGUCAUUCUUGCCAGCACGGAUAAUAAGCACAGCCAAAAUUCUUAUUGUGGGUCAUCGCUCGCUCACUCUGACACCAGGCCUCGCCAAGGCACUACUGGACUGGUUCAACAACCCUGGGCAAGUGACUUAGUCUGUGUACACUGUAUCAUGAGUCGUAGUCCCUUGAUAGCUAGGCAUCACACUCACAAGUCACAGGUCUAGGUUCUAGCAUGUGGUGACAGCAAGUGCAUGUAUCGUCCUGUGCAUCUGAAACAAAGCACUUGGGCCAGUUGGGGAAAUGUUAUAGUUUUCGAGUGUUUUCCACAUGCAGUAUUGUUCUCGCGCUGCUGCUGUGACAGGUACUGCCAGAGUUGACGGAGUAUGAAAAUAAAACGAGGUGCAAGUCAUAGCAGUACGAGUGAGCGAAGUCUUGGCAGGUCAGUCAGAAACGCACCAAAAACUGUCAUCUGCGCACAUCUUUAUCUGUAUACGUCGAUGUCUACGUCUAGCUACAAACGCGCUUACCUCUGUUGCCGUAGCUAGCUGGAUCUCCCUCCUCGUAACUGCGCUGCACAACGUGGAUUGGAGUGUGAUGUGAGCAAGUGAAGACGUAAAUGCUCGCUUGGCUCGUGGGCUCGGCAGCCCUGUCUCACCCAUUCAAAAAAAUAUUUCAGUGCUCUUGCACAGAACGCGGCUACAAGCUACCCCAGUGAACGACCUCCUGAGCUGGAGCUGUUUUGGGCUGCGCUACUCCAGCAACUUGAAGCGAGAAUUGAAUUGCCUGCAAGCUAUAAUAAAAAUUCACCAGCAGUGGUAGCGUAGGUCUACGAGCAGAAACAGCACUGGUCGAGGCCUAGGACGUGAGACGACAAUACGCUUCUGUAAAGUUACUGGCGAGAUCGGCCUGCUAGCUGCUAGCAGUAUUGUCGAGUGGCAUUGCCAAUCCUUUAUGAACACCAGCUGCAAUGAGCUCUCGCAGCAGAUUCUACCAGCCCGUCGAUGAGGAUGUCGACGGAGGAGGUGUUGCUCAGUCACUCAGUUUUGCAGCAUCUAGCCCCAGCACUACUAGCACUGGCAGUGGAGGAACUGAGAAGCGUCUGGGUAGGAAAAGCUGGCGGACGAUGGGAAUACGCCUGAACACCGAAAUGACCUUGCAGAACAUCCGCAUCACCGAUGUUCGCCUCGGCUCCGGUUCGUUUGGUGCUCGCGACGUUCGCGCGGCCGAGUGGUGCGGCACUCGCGUGGCAGCCAAAACCUUGUUGCCACCCAAGGAAGAGUACCCAAACUCGCCUGCCGAGUCGUCGCUCGACUUCGGACGUAACAUUACUCCAUAUCAGCGUCGCGUGCUGCAAGAAUGUAACCUGAUGGGUCGCCUGUGUCAUCCGCACAUUGCCCAGCUCCACGGUGUGUUUAUCGACACCGACGGUCGGCCAGUCAUCAUCAGCGAGCUGCUGUCGGAAAGCCUUGCGCAGCGCAUUGCCUUUGGUCCGCGCUUGUCAUUCCGAGAUGUGCUGGAUGUGAGCACACAGGUGUUGAGCGCCCUGACCUACUUGCACAGUUUGCCUCAUCCAGUCGUGCAUGGCAGCCUGUGCAGCAGCAAUGUCCUGAUGAGCAUCUCCGGAGUUGUCAAACUGACUGACACGAACUUGGCACUGGCCAAGUUGUACUGUCCUUCAUCCAGUCAUUCCAGCAGUGCUAACCCCCCUCAGCUAGACGUGCCAGCACAGCAACACCAGCGUGGUGGUGGUGGCUCGCCGUCAUCGUUGUCAUCGUCCUGUGCUCAGCACAGCGAGAAUGCUGAGCGCUACCUGCCGCUGCUGUCACUGCGAGACUGCUACGAGACCAGCGUGGAUUGCUUCUCGUUUGCCGUCCUGCUGAUGGCAAUGCUGCUGCAUCGUGAGCCGCUCGUCACUGCCAGACCGCAUGCUACACCAAACGCAUCCACCACCACUGCCGGCAUGAGCACUGUACUCGUGAGUGAGUUGGAACGACGAGCUGAUGAUCUGGAGGCGCUGCGUCAAGUCGCACCGCUCAUUGAACCUCUGGUUACGGUCUGCAUCGACGAUGGCUUCAUGCAUACCAACGGCCAUCAGUCGCCGGGCCAUGCCAGCUCGUCGCGGCCCAGCAUACACGAAAUCCGCAAGAACGUGGAAGGCAUCAAGUCGUCAGACGAAUACCAUCGCUGGCCGUGUACGCUUGGCUCACCUUUCUUGCACGGUGCGCAGCGGCAAGUUGAACUGGAAGCCACGCUCCGCACCCUGCAGCAACAGGUCGAGGUAACGGUGAAUGCGGCACAGGUAGCACUGGACGAGCAGAGCGACAAGAUGUCGCAACAUGUCAAACACCUAGCCGGCGAGCACACGGCACAGGUGACUCGAUUACGCAAGCGCCUCAGCGAAGCCCGGCUACGCGUGCAGCAGGCACAUGCCGCCGAGGCACAGGAGCGACGGGAGAGACGCAUGGCCGAGUCGGCGCGCGACAGCCUCACCAAGCAACUGGACCAGCUGCGGGCGGGCAGCGGCAGUCCGCGAUCGCUGACCAUGUCCAGUCGCCAUGGACACAGUGAUGUUGAUGCAGGUGAUGAGGGUUCUAUUGAUGGUUGCGAGAUGCUGUCGCCGCUGCGGCCCAAUGGUAUCACACACACCAGCUCACUGGCACUGGAUGAGAUGGAUCUGGGUGCUCCCGACUACUCCGAGCUAUCAAUGGAAGUGUCCGUACAAGUGCCCAACGAUGGAGCCAAGCUUGUAUCUGUUGAAGACACCGUUACAGUUCAGGAGAUUAUCGAGACACUGUGUGAAGUGAAUGGCCUGUCUGAUCCCGAAGGCUACUGUAUGUACAUAGAUGAAGACAACUUUGGAGCUACCAAGGCCACUGCCAAGUCGCACAAGUCCUCUAGAGGAAGGAAAUUCGACAUCUGGAAGCGGAAAUCGUCCGCAGAGGAACCACAACUUACGCAUGGUGCUGUCCUGAAUAAUGAGUGUACACUGGACCAGCAAGGCAUAUGCCCACAUCCACAACUGCUGCUGCAUCUCAAAAGACGAUCUGAGAUCAUGGCAAACUCUGAUCUUGACAGUGCCGAGACACUCUCUAUUGAUGAUGAAUCUGAUAACGAAUUCAUCAAGUGCAAGGACGAACUGGCUGAGGGUAGACUAUUGUGUACCCACAAAGAGGCAGUAAAUAUGCUUGCCUUUUUCGCUCAAGCCAUGUACGGCAGUCAGAGUCAGUUGAACAAAGAUCAACUGAAAGGGAUCGCGGAGGCGAUGAAGGAUGCAGUGACUUGUGUUUCUCUGAAAACGAAGCAUGUCAAGAAACUCAUGCAUCAAUACUCUAUGCUCACCGGCAUGUCUUUUAACCAAGCCAAGAAGCGCUUUGUACAGCUCUGCAAGGGUCUGCAAACGUACAAUGCUCGCGUCUACCAUGUCAAGGAGCGCGUAUCGAAAAAGGAGAAGGGGAAGCAGUGUAUUCUUGCGCUGACGCCUCGCAAUAUGUACAAGUUGGAUGAAAAGACCAAGGAGAUUCUUGCCACUUGGGCAAUGAAGAACAUCUUCAGAGCACACGCUACAGGAGAGCUUCUAACCAUUGAGGCGUACCAUACACCGACUCUUAUCGUGUCAACCAGCGAGUCAUCGGACAUUUCUGCCUUCAUUCACCAGUAUCACCAUGGCCUUGCACCGGAGCAGCAUAGCGUGACACCGUCGUUGACAGUCACCGAGCCAACACCGAAACACUCUCCGCUGCGCCAGACCUUGUCCAAUAACACCAUCGUACACUCGUCACCCAAGAACUCACCACGGCUUGCUCAGCAGCUCUCCAUACGCCGUACAGAGUCGGCCACUGUGAUUCGCAAGGUCAGUCCAGGGAUACGCGUCAGUCAACGCAGUAGUGACAGCCAAGAAGCGUUGCACCGCAUACGUUCACAGUCUACGUCGUCCGCCACCAAGCCAGUUAACCUUCCGAAGAAGAAGAAACCGCUGAAGGCGUCCCCAACCGAAGGUGACUCUGAUUCCAGCGAAGACACACGCGCUGUUGUUGGCUCAUUACCCACGUUCGGUGGCAGUAAUCCCUUGCUUUCCAGCACAGGGCGAAACCAUCAUCACCACCAUCACCAUCACAAUCAUGGCCAGGUAUCUAGUCCACACAAAGUGAAGUAGACAAUAGCCACACUUCUUACUUCAUCUUUUGAUGCUGUUCCGCUCUCUGUCAAUACUCGUUCUCACUCUCGCAUUCUCUCUCUCUCUCUCUCUCUCUCUCACACACACACACACACACACACACACACACACACACACACACACACACACACACACACAUACACACACACACACCAUGUACCAUACACACACACACACACACACACACGCCAUGUACCAUACACACACACACACACACACACACACACACACACACACACACACACACACACACACACUCCGUCUCAGCCGGCUUCCAGGCCCUCCUCAGGCAUAGAGAUAUACCGGCAAGGAGGAUACGUCUAUGCAUUUUUACAGAAACACUCUGUUUUUGGCCAGACUUGAUGAAACAUUUUCUUGACGCCCCUAUGGAAAGCUUGAUCUAUCCCGUCUUGUCUAAAUACCUGUGUGCAUGUUUGAGUCCAGAUCUUUCAUGGCCUCUUUACAGCACAUCAAGUCUGUGCAUAAAAUCAUACUGCGUGUCUUGCUUGAGGACAUGAUUAUGUGUGUGUUGGACCCCUGCCCUUUCAUGCUUACACGUCAACCAAUGCUACAAAUUGUUUUACCACUUAACCCCCCCCCCCCCCUCAGUUUUCAGAGUUCAUCCACACAUUUUCCAUACAUGUAUAUGACCGAUCAGCAUCUUCUUCCCUGUUUCCCAGCUGAGGACAGCUUGCUCCGAACAACUGCAACUGAUACUUGCUCAAGUAGUCAGCUGGUCAUGAAGCUUCAUGCAUCAAACUACAUGUACUUGCAUUCAUUUUGAACCGUAACUCAAAUCUCCUUUGAAACUAUUAUCAUCUAUACCAGCUUUGAUAUGAUAUCAAAAUUAAUUAUAAUUUUACUUAUGAAGAUCUCUCCAUUUCCUGUCAGAAAUUUCUAAUAUAUCGCUUCUGCCAAAGGAACAUCAAAGGCCGUCCUGUUCUUCACCGGCGGUUGCGCGCUAGA